GACCAUGAAGAGUACAAAAAGCCUCUUCUGUUGGCCUCGAAUUCAUUUCUAUCAGAGCAGAAGGAGGACUCAAAAUCCAUGGCUUCUUCUUCUGCAACUUCGUUUCUCUCUUUCAUCACUCUCGUCUCACUUUUCCUCUUACCAUUGUCAUCAUCUUCUUCUUCAGAAAAUUCCAUAACCAUUCCUCUCUCCGUUUAUCCCCAAACACCAUCUUCAGAUCCAUUUGAAACUCUCAAUUUCCUCGCCUCUGCAUCAAUUUCCAGAGCUCACCGUCUCAAACAGCCAAAAUCCAAUUCCACCUUCGUCACCAAAACCCCUCUCUUCCCUCGGAGCUAUGGAGCUUACUCUAUAUCUCUUAAAUUCGGUUCACCACCACAAACCUCCUCCUUCAUCAUGGAUACGGGUAGUAGCUUGGUCUGGCUCCCUUGUACCUCUCGGUACCUCUGUUCCAGGUGUGCCUUCCCAAACGUUGAUCCGUCAAAGAUCCCAACAUUUUCGCCAAAGCUUUCUUCUUCUGCCGAGCUCAUCGGGUGUGAAAAUCGCAAAUGCAAAUGGGUUCAGGGGCCUAAUGUCAAAUGCAAAGAUUGCGACCAAAAGAAGGGAAACUGUACGCAGAGUUGCCCUGCUUAUAUAAUCCAGUACGGGUCCGGGUCAACAGCCGGGCUUUUACUUUCCGAGACACUUUCUUUCCCGGAAAAAGCUUUCACCAAUAUUCUAAUCGGUUGCUCCCUGCUCUCGAUUCGUCAGCCAUCUGGAAUCGCUGGGUUCGGCCGCGGACUCGAAUCGCUUCCCUCCCAAUUGGGUCUCACAAAAUUUUCUCACUGCUUAGUUUCUCGCCAGUUCGAUGACACUUCGGUGAGCAGUGACCUUGUUCUGUACCGCUCCGGCGAUCACAAAACAGCGGGUGAAAUCAGCUACAGCCCGUUUCAGAAGAAUCCAUCCACCUCAAACCCUGCAUUUAAAGAGUACUACUACGUACUCAUACGAAAAAUCGUCGUCGGCGGCAAGCGAGUUAAGAUUCCGUACGAGUAUCUGGUCCCGGGAUCUGACGGUAACGGCGGUACCAUAGUUGAUUCCGGGUCAACGUUCACGUAUUUAGAGAAGCCGGUUUACGAUGCCGUAACGGCAGAGUUCGCUAAACAAAUGUCUCAUUACAAGAGAGAACUCAAGGUAGAAAACCAGACCGGUUUAAGCCCCUGUUUCGAUAUUUCUCAGGAAAAAUCAGUGAAUUUCCCGGAUUUGGUUUUUCAAUUCAAAGGGGGUGCGAAAAUGGCUUUUCCAGUAGAGAAUUACUUUGCCUUGGUCUCUGGCUCUGGCAUCGUGUGUUUGACGAUGGUGACUAACAAUGUGGCCGGCCCCGAAAUCAGCGCCGGACCGGCCAUCAUUUUGGGCAGUUUCCAACAGCAGAAUUUUUAUGUAGAAUAUGAUUUGAAGAACGACAGGUUUGGAUUUCGUCCUCAAUCUUGUAAAUGAGGUUGAAACGACAAGUCGUUUUGUCAUGGUAAUUGAAUGAAAGAAUUAACUGACAAGAAUUCGUGGUCGCACUCUCGCGGGUGCAAAUUGCGGCGGAAGAGGGGACGGCGUUGCGCUCAGUCCGCCGACUCCCUUAGGAAAUUGUUUUAUUGUGUUUUCUUUUAUUUUCACUUUUUAUUUUAUGGGUUACUGAAAGUUGACAAUGAAAGUGAUAAAUAUGAUGGGGUUGAUACUAUGCUAAAGGCUUAAAUUAUGCUUUUUCCAUGAUAGUUGAUCGUGAACAAAGAUGACUUUCUUUA